AUGCCGAGCGACAAGGAAGUCGGACCAAAUGAGCCAGAUCUCCCGCCCGAAGGAGGCCUUCAAGGAUGGUUGUGUGUGGGAGGUGCUUUUCUCUCACUCUUCAGCACAUUCGGGUUUUUGAACGCAAUUGGCGUCUUUCAAACCUUCUACCAAGAGACCACUCUAAAAGAUUACAGCUCGUCGGACAUCGCCUGGAUCUUCGCCGUUCAACUAUGUCUGAUGUGGGCACUCGGUCCGCUCUAUGGACGAGUCCUAGACACGUACGGUCCAGCCCCGGUACUGUACCCGUGCAGUUUCCUAUGCGUCUUUUCUCUGUGUAUGACGAGUCUCGCAGACAAGUACUAUCAGAUAUUUCUGGCGCAGGGCCUAGGAUUCGGCAUAGGUGCAGGCGGGGUAUUCACCACAGCCAUGGUCUGUGUAGGCCAAUGGUUCGUCAAGAGACGCGGGCUGGCUAUUGGUAUAGCGAGUUGUGGUUCUAGUUUUGGCGGCGUGAUCUUCCCCAUCUUCCUGAACCGUGUCAUUGAGGACGUGGGCUUCUACGGCGCGGUUCGAUACACAGCUUUGCUGGUUGGGGUUCUCAUGGCGGUGUCCUGCCUGAUGGUCCGAUCGAGAUUACCGAAAAAAGCAUGGAACAGGAAGGCGCCGUGGUUCGACCUGACACUGUUCAAAGACAAGCAGUUCGUGCUGUAUAUCCUAGGCGCUUAUUUAGUCAUGUGGGGACUCUGGGGCCCUUUCGAUUAUAUCUCCGAUAUGGCGCAGAGUAAAGGAUUCUCCCCUACGCUGGCUAUUUACUUGCUUUCAAUAAUAAACGCAACCUCGGUGUUUGGCCGGAUUCUCCCACCGUAUCUGGCAGAUCACCUCGGCCAUUUCAACGUGCUCACAAUGUGUGCUCUGCUGACGGGCAUUUCGAUGUUGUGCCUGUGGCUGCCAUUCAACUUCCACCCAUCUCAUGCGGGUAUCAUCGUGUUCUCCUUAGUCUACGGCUUUGUGAGCGGGGCCGUCGUAUCUUUACUCAUGCCAUGCGUCGCCAAAUCUGGAAGUCUAGAAACAUUAGGCCAGCGCUUUGGAACUUUCCAAACGGUUAUUUCCGUCAGUUGCCUUACCGGCCUGCCAAUCAUGGGUAGCAUCUUGACCCGACAAGGCGGAACCGACUUCUCUGGACUCCAAAUUUUUGCUGCGGUAGCUGCACUGCUUGGGGCGUGUUUACUGGCCUGGUCCACGUAUCUCUUGUCGCGGGCUCGUGGGAACUGGCGAAUGUAA